AUGGCAGAAGCUCACCAGGCUGUGGCAUUUCAAUUCACUGUCUCUCCAGAGGGUAUCGACCUUCAGCUGAGCCAUGCAGCUAUCAAGGAGAUUUACCUUUCAGGCCUGCGUUCCUGGAAGAAGAAAUUCAACCAAAUACGGAAUGGUUUUGUGACAGGUGUGUAUCCCGCCAGCCCCUCCAGUUGGUUAUUUAUGGUUACAGCCAUCCUAGUAACCCAGUUCUCUCGUCUUGACCCUUCCAUGGGCAUGAUUGACAAAAUAAAGGAACAUCUGCCGGUCAGCAAUUAUCUGUCAGAUCACGGCCUGAAUAUCCUCAGUGUCCUGGCCUUUUCCACAGGACUGUGGCUGGCGCUCAUUAUGACCAUGCGUAGCAUUCUUAAGAUGCUGCUAUGCUACCAUGGAUGGAUGUAUGAGGAGUAUGGUCGGAUAUCCAACACCACAAAGAUCUGGUUGGCUUUGGUGAAAAUUUUCUCUGGUCGUAAACCCAUGUUGUAUAGCUAUCAGGCCUCACUGCCUCGGUUGCCUGUUCCGGCUAUUAAGGAUACAAUGCGGAGGUAUCUGGAAUCCAUACGACCUCUGACAACUGAUGCAGAAUUCCAUCGAAUGACAGGUCUUGUCCGUGACUUUGAACGGACUCUUGGACCACAUCUGCAGUGGUAUCUCACACUGAAAUCUUGGUGGGCACCCAACUAUGUAAGUGAUUGGUGGGAAGAGUAUGUGUAUCUCCGUGGGAGGAGCCCCCUGAUGGUAAAUAGCAACUAUUAUGGCAUGGAUUUCCUUUAUGUUACACCUACUCCAAUCCAAGCUGCUCGUGCUGGGAAUCUUGUUUAUGCCAUGCUGCAGUACCGACGCAAACUCAUCCGAGAGGAAAUCAAACCUAUGCUGAUCCAAGGUUGCCUGCCAACGUGCUCAGCUCAGUAUGAACGCAUGUUUAAUACAGCCCGUGUGCCCGGCCUGGAGGGAGAUAAAAUCCAACAUCUACAAGACAGUGAUCACAUUGCAGUAUACCAUGCAGGACGCUUAUUUCGAGUAUCGUUGCAUUACAAGGGGAAGCUGCUGGAGCCCUGUGAACUUCAGGCACAGUUUGAAGCUAUCCUUUGUGACCCUACACCCCCUCUGCCUGGGGAGGAGAAAUUGCCUUCAAUGACUGCAGGUGAAAGAGAUUCCUGGGCCAGGACCCGCCACACCUACUUCCAGUCUGGGAUUAACAAGCAGUCCCUGAAUAUAAUUGAGAAAGCUGCUUUCUUUCUCACUCUUGACACAAGUGAACAGGGCCUGCGAGGGUCCAAUCCAGGUCAGGCAUUGGAUGUCUAUGCAAAAUCCUUGCUACACGGACAUUGCUGUGACAGGUGGUUUGACAAAUCUUUCAACCUGAUUGUUUACCGCAACGGGAAAGCCGGAAUCAAUGCAGAACACUCGUGGGCAGAUGCACCUAUUGUUGGACAUCUUUGGGAGUACACCCUUGCCACAGAUUCAUUCCAGCUAGGAUAUGAUGAUGAUGGGAACUGCAAAGGCAAGAUGGAUCCUGAUGUCCCUCCACCCCAAAAACUGGAGUGGGAAAUAUCGCCAGAGUGCCAAGAGGUGAUCUUGCAGUCCUUUAUUUUGGCCCAUGCUUUGGCCAGUGACGUUGAUUUUCACGUCUUUACCUUUAAGGACUUUGGCAAAGGCCACAUCAAGAAGUGCCGCACUAGUCCAGAUGCCUUCAUCCAGCUUGCCCUUCAACUAGCACAUUUUCGGGACAUGAACAAGUUCUGUCUCACUUAUGAAGCAUCUAUGACUCGUCUUUUCCGGGAAGGCCGAACAGAAACAGUCCGUUCCUGCACCAUUGAAUCUUGCAACUUUGUGAAGGCAGUGAUGGAUCCUACUCAAACUGAUAAUUCAAGAUUACGCCUCUUCCGAGUAGCAGCUGAGAAACACCAGAAUCUUUAUCGGGAAGCCAUGAUAGGGUCUGGCAUCGAUAGGCAUCUUUUCUGCCUCUAUGUUGUCUCAAAAUACCUUGGCCUGGAUUCUCCUUUCCUGCGUGAGGUAUUAUCUGAACCAUGGAGACUCUCUACUAGUCAGACUCCCAUUCAGCAGAUGGAACUAUUUGACCUUCAGAAUAAUCCUGACUAUGUUUCUUGUGGUGGUGGAUUUGGACCGGUUGAUGAUAAUGGAUAUGGAGUAUCUUACAUCAUUGUCGGUGAAGAUCUCAUCAAUUUCCACGUGUCAUGCAAAUUCUCCGGCCAAGGGACAGAUGCACACCGUUUUGGGUUUAAUAUCCGGAAAGCCAUGAAUGACAUCUUGAUCCUUUUCCAAGUGAACAAACUGGCCCAGGCCACAGUUGGCCAGUGA